AUGUUUUUCCUGCACAACCUCACGCGUCAUGUCACGCUGCACCCUUCCUACUUCGGCCGAAACAUGCACGAGCUGGUCACCACAAAGCUGCUGAAGGAUGUCGAAGGCACAUGCGCAGGCAACUACUUCAUCAUCACCAUCAUGGACACAUUCGAUAUCUCGGAGGGACGCAUCCUGCCUGGAAGUGGGCUGGCAGAAUUCACGGUCGGCUAUCGCGCGGUCGUGUGGGCUCCCUUUAGGGGCGAGACGGUUGAUGCCGUGGUGUUCUCCGUCAAUCCUCACGGCUUCUUCUGCCAGGCUGGCCCGCUGCAGCUGUUCGUGUCGAACUUCUUGAUGCCCAAGACCUGCAAAUAUGACGCGAACGCGACCCCGCCCCAGUUCACCGAUCACGAAGGCUUGACAAUCGAGAGCGGCUCCCACGUUCGCGUCAAGAUCGCCGGUAUCAGGAACGAGGUUGGCGAGAUCAGGGCUAUUGGUAGCAUCAACGAGGAUUAUCUUGGGUACGACAAUGGAUUAUUUCACUUGGCCUCUAACUGCUUGCUGAUGAAGUCUACAGACCUCUACAAGACUAAAUUCCCUCGUAAUGAGCGUCUGGAAAAGAUCUUGUGGAUGCGCUCCAAAGUCACGGAACUGGGCCAGAAGCUCAAGCCGAAAUUCGUGGCAUUUCUAAUAGCCCAAACCUGUUCGCAGAUGAGCUGGGCGGCUGCGGUGCACUCGGGCAGCAUUCGCUCUGGCUUGUGA